AUGGCUCGGGCACCACAUGGAAAGUACACUGCUGAAGAUCUGCUUGACGAGCACGAGUACAGUGUCCUCAGGCACAAGGCGAAGAAUGGAAAUGAUGAUCGCUCCCCAGCGGGGGUGAGAGCCAAAGUCCUGAAGCCUUUGCGUGCUGCCACAAGCAGGAUGUCCAACCUGCUUCCUGGGAACAGGGAGCUACUUCGCCAGCUGAAUGAACUCAAGAGCAUCUUAGCAAAAGUCAAGGACUUCCGUCAGCUUCUUGGGUUACCAGCUCUAGGUGGCAUUAGAGAUGUGCCAACAGCAGCUGUCCCUUUGACAACAUCACUGCCCCCUCCAAAAGUGUUUGGUCGCGACUCCGAUCGCAAUCAUAUAAUAGAUCUUCUUACAAACAAGGAUAACUCAGCUGGCUACUCUGGUGUGGCCAUUGUUGCCCAUGGAGGAGCAGAAAUCAGAGACGAGCAUCUGCGUGCAGAGCUAGAUGGGAUUGCAGAGAAGAUUGCUAAACAGCUUGGACAAUCUCCUUUGGCAGCACAAGUUCUGGGUUCUCAGCUAAGCAGGAAUAAAGAUCUCACCACAUGGAAAGAUGCUCUAAAGAUUAGAAACUUAAGCGGACCCAGGAGAGCUCUAUUGUGGAGUUAUGAGAAGUUAGAUCCACGCCACCAGAGGUGCUUUCUGUAUUGCAGCUUAUUUCCAAAAGGCCACAAGUAUUCAGUUGAGGAGUCGCUUUAUCUAUGGAUAGCAGAGGGACUUGUUGAUUCACGCAACCAAGAUAAGAGAAUGGACGAUAUUGGAAGGGAAUACAUCAAUGAGAUGGUCUCUCGUUCGUUCUUUCAAACUUCUGAAAGUUUAUAUGGUACAAGAUUGUAUGCUGUACAUGAUCUCCUACAUGACUUGGCAGAGGAGCUGUCUAGAGAGGACUGCUUCAGACUAGAAGAUGAUAAUGUGACAGAAAUAGCAUGUGCUAUUCGACAUUUAUCUGUUCGUGUAGAGAGUAUGAAGAAGCACAAGCAAAGUAUCUGCAAGAUCCAAAAUUUACGCACUGUUAUCUGCAUCGACCCCCUUGUAGAUAAUGUAAGUGAUAUUUUCCAUGAGGUACUGCAGAAUUUGAAGAAAUUACGUGUAUUGUAUUUGUGCUCUUAUGAUGGAAGGAAGUUACCUCAAUCUGUUGCUGAUCUGAAGCAUCUUCGGUAUUUGAACCUCAUUAGAACUUCAAUUUCUGAACUGCCUGGGUCAUUGUCCACUCUCAGCCACUUACAGAUACUUCUCUUCAAUUUUAAAGUUAAGAGCCUGCCUGAUAAAAUUUGCAAUUUAAGUAACCUACAGCAUCUGGGAGCAUAUCUUGAUGAAUACUAUGGUUAUCCAGUUGAAGAAGGGGCCCCUCCGAUUCCUUACAUGGGCAAGCUAAUUUCACUACAGGAACUUCAAAAAUUUAGUGUGCGUAGGCUGAAGGGAUAUGGUUUGGGACAGCUGAGGGACAUUAAUAAUCUUGGUGGCAUCUUAAGUAUCACAAAUCUUGAGAAUGCCACUGGAAAAGUGGAAGCCUUAGAGUCGAAGCUCCAUCAGAAAAGGCAUCUUGAGGGAUUGCGUCUGAACUGGAGUUUUGACAAUGACUUGCGCGGAGAAGAUAGUUCUCAUUUGGAUGUUCUUGAAGGGCUGAUGCCUCCGCCUGGGUUAAAGUUUCUUCUCAUUUGGGGUUACAAAUCUUCUGCAUAUCCAAGCUGGUUACUCAAUGGUUCCUACUUUGAUAAUUUGAAUAGAUUUUGUCUGUACAAUUGUAGUUCUUUACAAUAUCUACCACCCAAUGCAGAGCUCCUCAGGCAUUGCUCUCAUCUGUCACUUAGACAUGUCCCAAAUCUGAAGACACUACCGUGCCUCCCGAGGCACCUUGAAUUUCUCCAAAUUGCAGAGUGCACAUUGCUUAUGUUUGUUUGCAAUGAUAAGCUGGAACAACAUGACGAAAAGGAAAGCAUGAUGAAAACAGAUAAUCUGGCAUCCCGACUUGCUUUGAUCUGGGAACUGGAUUCAGGGUCAAGUUCUCGAAUUAAAAAACAAUAUUGGAAGAGCAUUCAUAUCUGA